GUUCUGUUGGUUUUAUUAAAGCCGCUCUUCAAAUCAAGAAAACCUGUGCACAAAACAAGAUGGAUGCUGCAUCAUUAACGCGACUCCGUUAAUGGAGAAUUAAAAGCUGUUGAAGGUAGGCCGUGGUGUAAAUGGCGUCCUCAUGUCAAGGUGAAUUAUCUGCUGGGCACUUAGAGAUAUGUCACCUUGGAUGUGAUAACGUUAGAGAUACCUUAAGUAUGCAGUCAGUAACUCGGUCAUUCAACAGCUGAUUCAAGCCUCAUGACAAGAUGGAAACCGCCACUACAACAGAUCCAACUCAGAACAACGAAAUGGAGGAUGGGGAGCAUGUUGAUGAGCAGCUACCUUCGUUAUCCAACUCAGAUAAAGAUAACAAGGUACCCAGCGAACGUAAAGUCGCCAUGGCAUCUCCGAGGGUAUCAGGUGAAGACUCGGCCCUGUUAGACUCAACGGGAAACAUUCAGUCUUACAAGCGAAGGUGGUAUGUUCUGAUGGUGUUCUCGUUUGCUGCUCUUCUUCAGGCAGCCGUGUGGAACACUUUCGGACCUAUUGCUCAGUCAGCUAAGGCUGUGUUCGGGUGGUCGGAUGCCAAUAUAGGCAUGUUGAACAACUGGGGAAAUAUUGUGUACAUCGUGUUCAUGUUUCCAGUGGCCUGGUUGAUGGAUGUUAAAGGACUACGGGUAUCAAUGCUGUUGUGCUCUGUGGUGCUGGUGUUUACGACUGCCAUACGAUGCAUCACCAGUGACCCAGUACCAGCCACAUGGUUGAUGAACACCGCAGCUAUAACACUUGGUUUGGCUGCAACUGUGCCAUUCGCCGGCCCCGCCCUCCUCUCCGCCACAUGGUUUCCCCCCAAUCAGAGGGCCACAGCAACAGCCGUGUCAACUAUCUUUACCUACGUCGGCAUAUCCGUGAGCUUCAUCAUAGGGCCGCUCUUGGUGCCACAGCCAGAUGAACCAUCCUUGAACAUGACGCACAUACUACUUUUAAAUUCAAGUCGCAUCAACUCCAGUGGGUUCAGUCUGACGCCAGCCGCUAACAUAUCCGAGGUGAGAAGCGGUAUCAUGAGACUCAUGUAUACAGAAUGUGCGGCGUGUGUGUUGCUGCUGCUCCUGGUGGUGGUGUACUUCCCUGCCAAGCCUCCGUCUCCCCCAAGUCUCACAGCGUCCAUAGAGAGGAUAAGCUACCUACAGGGGAUCAAAAGAUUAUUCACGCACAGACGCUUCUGGAUGAUAAUGACGGCCAUCAGUAUACCAUCGGGAGUUUACAGCGCGUUUGGAGCUGUGUUGGAUGUCGUCCUGCAUGGUGUCGGUAUAUCACAGUACCAUGCAGGUUGGAUGGGAUUUUAUGGAACGACAGGUGGUUGUGUAGCAGCACUACUGAUGUCCAGGAUUGCAGAUCUGUUUCUACGCCACAUGAAGAUGAUGCUCUUACUGCUGUUCGUCUUAGCAACAGGCGCCACAGCCUGGUUUGUUUUACUUCGCCUGUCCUACAUCCCCUUCAGUUUAGUGUCGCUGUACCUGUCCACCAUCUUGAUGGGAGUCUUCAUCAAUGCUUCUAUACCUCUGUUCUACGAGCUUGGGUGUGAGGCGUCUUAUCCUAUUGCUGAGGGAGUGACGGUCGGUGUCCUCACCAUCGCCAACAACCUGACUGGUGUCAUCUUCCUUUCUGUGCUGCAGAUCCCGAAAAUAGGUACUGUGUGGAUGAACUGGGCCAUGCUGGGCUCCGUAGGAGUUGCCGUUCCUCUACUUCUGUUGUUCACAGAGAAUUACACCAGGACUGACAUCGACACACAGGUGAUCAUUGUUCCAGAACCUGAUGAGGGUGGUGCUGUAUCGAUCAAUACCGACAUUAAAGUUAGAUGAUAGGAAAACAUCAAACAUCCAAACAGUGUAAUCAAAUACUCCUUUCCUCCUUAUUGAUGAAUGUGUGGGUUUAAGUUUCAUACUGUGGCCCGAUUGGACUGAUAUGAUUGUACAUGUGUUUCUCAUGGAUGUGGACAGGUUUUGUCCGUUCUCUUAAGGAGAUAUAUCGAUAUUGUUUUCAUGAAGGAAAACUCUGAUACUCACAGUCACGCAUAUAGACUUUCAAGCAAAAUGUAAUCCACGUUAUAUAUGACUGUUUCACUAUUUAUGAACGUGUGUGUGUUACCAAGAUUGUUAAGACAGUUACAUGUUGGUUGGGUGCAAACACUUGCUCCUGCACAUUAUCUAUCUUAAAAAGAGAUGAAAAAUAACAUGUCUGGGAAAAAGACCAAGGGGCAAUUGUUCAUAACUAUUUACAACGUUGUUAUAAAACUAUAUUGUCUUUU